CCGGCUCAAGUAAGCUGGGUGUUUCCUGCCUCUCUCAGUCCGGAUUUGGAGACUCCGUCGUCCUCCGACUUUUCAUGGAAGAGAUGUCAGGAGAAAGUGUGGUGAGCUCAGCGGUGCCAGCGGCUGCUACCCGCACCACUUCCUUCAAGGGCACGAGUCCCAGCUCCAAGUACGUGAAGCUGAAUGUCGGGGGAGCCCUCUACUACACCACCAUGCAGACCCUGACCAAGCAGGACACCAUGCUGAAAGCCAUGUUCAGUGGGCGCAUGGAGGUGCUCACCGACAGUGAAGGCUGGAUCCUCAUUGACCGGUGUGGGAAGCACUUUGGUACAAUACUCAACUACCUUCGAGAUGGGGCCGUCCCCUUGCCCGAGAGCCGCCGGGAGAUCGAGGAGCUGCUAGCAGAAGCCAAGUACUACCUGGUCCAGGGCCUGGUUGAGGAGUGCCAGGCGGCCCUGCAAAACAAAGAAACUUACGAGCCUUUCUGCAAGGUUCCUGUCAUCACUUCAUCCAAGGAAGAACAAAAACUCAUAGCGACGUCAAAUAAGCCCUCCGUGAAGCUGCUCUACAACAGAAGUAACAACAAAUACUCGUACACCAGCAAUUCAGACGACAAUAUGUUGAAAAACAUUGAGCUGUUCGAUAAGCUUUCUCUGCGCUUUAACGGAAGGGUCCUGUUCAUCAAGGAUGUCAUUGGGGACGAAAUCUGCUGCUGGUCUUUUUAUGGUCAGGGCCGCAAGAUUGCUGAAGUGUGCUGCACCUCCAUCGUCUAUGCCACCGAGAAGAAGCAGACCAAGGUUGAGUUCCCUGAAGCUCGGAUUUAUGAGGAGACCCUGAAUAUUUUGCUGUACGAGGCCCAGGAUGGCCGGGGACCUGACAAUGCACUCCUGGAGGCCACUGGUGGGGCUGCUGGCCGCUCUCAUCACCCAGAUGAGGACGAGGACCGGGAGCGGGAAAGGAUCGAGCGUGUGCGGCGGAUCCACAUCAAGCGGCCAGACGACCGGGCCCACCUCCACCAAUGACCAGGCGGCCGAGCCACCUCCCGCUCCUGCCUCCCCGCCCCGCCACACUCAGACCCCGUCAGGCUUCAGGCCCCUCCACCCCCUGGGGCCUGAGGUCCUUCUGUAGCAAGCCACGUGGUUAUUUUGCUGUUUCUUGACCAGGCGCCUGGGUGGCUUGGACCCAGGCGUUCGUGCCCCUUUGAACCAACCUCCGGAGGCUCUGCGUUCGCAGGGAGCCGAGUCUGCGAGCCGGGCUUCCCGGCCUCAGAAGAAACGUCUGAAUGAGUGGAGUGUUGAGAACUUUGUCGCAGUAUUUAUUGUUGUGGGUGUUGACUACCUGUUAGGGCUCCUUGAGUGACUGACACUCCCUAAAGGUUCACGUGACAAUUCCUC